AUGAACCUCCAUGUAGAACACUGAGCCAGUCACGCUUUUAUAAACACAUUUGAUCUUUUCUCUUGUAGCAUAUUUAAGUGGUUCUGUUAUGAUUACAGCACGCGAGGGCGCCAUGGCAAGUGUUCUGGAAGUGGAACACACCAGCGGUCAGUCUAGGAGUUUAAACUCUUGAUUCAGGGCCAUUAGCCCGAGGAAUUCUUCCUCUCGCGGUUUUUUUCGUUCUCUUUAUACUUCCUCUCCCGACGGAGCAAGCGAGAGUCAGUGAUGAGUGUGAGGCGUCAAUGAGACUGACUGGCGGUCUACAAUGGGCUCACGGGAUGCGGAGCGAUCUCUGCGGCUGUUAGAUGAUGAUGAUGAUGAUGAUGAUGGAUCACGAUUUCUUUGACUGCUUCACUGCGCGCACCUGAGAUGGAACGCUGAGGGCUCGCCGCAGUUUGGCGGGAAGUUCUGACCGGAUGGAGCGCGCGUCUUCUGGAGGUGUUUCCUCGGCGCAACUUCCCAAGAACAUAAGUAAAGAGCUACUGUCACCAACAUGAGUUGGAGCUUUCUCACUCGACUGUUGGAGGAAAUCCACAACCACUCCACGUUUGUGGGGAAAGUUUGGCUGACUGUGUUAAUUAUUUUCCGGAUCGUUCUGACCGCAGUGGGAGGUGAGUCAAUCUACUCCGAUGAGCAGACAAAGUUCACCUGCAACACUAAGCAGCCCGGCUGUGACAACGUAUGCUACGAUUCCUUCGCCCCGCUGUCACACGUCCGGUUCUGGGUGUUCCAGAUCAUCAUGAUAUCCACCCCCUCCGUCAUGUAUCUGGGUUACGCCAUCCAUAAGAUCGCCCGUGACUCAGAGGAGGAACGGUGCAAGAACAAGAUUUAUCAAAAGAGGAACUGCCACAGUCGGUGGAGAAAUGGACACCACCUAGAGGAGGUCUUGGAGGAAGACGAUGCCGAGCCAAUGAUCUAUGAAGAAGACAUGUUGGAUGAGCAGGAGGUCACACCAGAGACAGACAAGGGCAAAUGCCAAGAUCCAGCGAAGCAUGAUGGCCGCCGUAGGAUCAUGCAAGAAGGCUUGAUGAGGAUGUAUGUGCUUCAGCUUUUAUCCCGUGCCAUCUUUGAGGUGGGGUUCCUCAUGGGUCAAUAUCUCCUUUACGGCUUCCGUGUUAACCCUUCGUAUGUCUGCAACAAGAUCCCAUGCCCGCACAGAGUAGACUGCUUCGUCUCUCGACCCACUGAGAAGACCAUCUUUUUACUCAUCAUGUAUGUGGUGAGCUGUCUUUGUCUGCUGCUCAAUGUUUGUGAGAUGUUCCACUUGGGGAUUGGUGCCUUCCGUGACACUCUUCGUAAACGUCGAAGAAAUGGUCAACAACCUCCAUACGGCUACCCUUACUCCAGGAACAUUUCUAGUUCUCCGCCUGGAUACAACCUGGUGGUUAAAUCUGACAAACCGGGACGCAUUCCCAACAGCAUCAUCCUACAGGACCAGAACAUGCCCAGAGUGAUUCCUGAACAGCAUUGCACAAGUCCUGAUGAGAAUAUUCCCUCUGACCUGGCUACACUGCACCAUCAUUUACAAAUAGCUCAGGAACAACUUGACAUGGCGUUUCAGACAUAUAAUACAAAAAACGCUCAUAUCUCCAGAGCUAGCAGCCCUGUGUUUGGUGGCACAAUGACAGAGCAGAACCGGGUCAAUACAGCUCAGGAGAAACAGGGUGCACGACCUAAAGCCAGCACUGAGAGGGCAGGGACAAUAGCAAAAAACGGAAAGACUUCUGUGUGGAUUUAACUCUUAUCUGACUAGUCAUGAUGCAUUAUCCUCCAAAACAUAUUGUUUAGUUAGUGAGGGCAUGACUGAACAUUAUGUACCCAAGUUCUGUUGAACAUUAAACAAAACUGAACAAUAAAUAUAUUGUAGAAGGGUAGUAUUCAUUUAUGAAACUCUUUACAUUGCUUUACUGUGUUCUCCCUUCCUCUGAAUAAUUACUUAUGUGCUUCUAUAGAUAUGUUACAUAUAUUAAGUGUGACUUUUCUCUAAAUUCCAAUGCAUGCAAGUGUAUUGACCAUAUUGGAAGUCUGUCAAACAAUUUAGUCUUUAAUGGAUCAUUGAUUUAAUUUGACUAUAUAAGAACAACCCCAUGUAUCUACUGUGAGACCUAUAAGUUCUCCUCUUUAUGUUCUCUUACUAUUCUUAGGUUACAUUUACACGACAAUGAUGUAGUCAAAAACGGACCAUUUUUUCUCUUGCGUUGUUAAAAAGUUUCACGUAUACACAACAACGUUUUAAAAAUGAUUCGUGUCAAACAUAUAUGCGAAAGCGGCCAAAAUUGUUGUAUUACGAAUGCCAGUCCAGUAGUUGGCGCUGUCACCUUGUUAAUAAACAGUACCUGUAAGGAAAUGCCGAUUAUAUGUUGUAUUUGUUGUGUCUCUGCUGUUGGUUGUAAUGUUGGUGUAGUAAAUCCACGCUUUUCUAAAGAAGCGUUAACAAACUCUUGAGCAGCAACAACAGUCCCAUAUACUCCGCCAUUGUUGUGUAUGUUUGUUCGCGCUUGCCUUUAAAAUCGGCACGUACUGCACAUGUCUAAAUACCUUACAUGUAUUACACACAUGUAUGACGUCA